AUGUCUGAAUGGAGGUACCUCAGCUGGGUCAGCAUUUUGCUGACCAUCCUCUUAGACCCAACACUCCAAGGACCCCAUGGCUCUGCCUCAUCAAGCAGCAAGUUGUUGAUGACAAGCUACUCCAUACAUUCCACUGUGGUGUCUCGUUAUGCACACACUUUGGUCACCUCUGUCCUCAUCAAUCCACAUGAUGAAGCCCAUGAAGCCAUCUUUGACCUGAAUCUACCCCGCAUCGCCUUUAUCUCCAAUUUCACAAUGACCAUCGACAAUAAAAUCUAUGUUGCAGAAAUCAAGGAAAAACACCAGGCAAAAAAAAUGUAUGAGAAAGCCUAUCAGCAAGGAAAGACGGCUGCUCAUGUGGGUGUCAGGGACCAGGAAUCAGAAAAAUUUCGAAUCUCUACCAGGCUGGCAGCAGGUGCAAAGGUAACCUUUGCCCUGGCCUAUGAAGAACUGCUACAGCGACACCAAGGCCAGUACCAGUUGGUGGUAAGCCUGAGGCCUGGACAGUUGGUGAGGAAGCUGAACGUAGAAAUCACUGUGUCUGAAAGGACGGGCAUCGCCUAUGUGCACAUACCUCCACUGAGGCCCUGCCAAGUGUGUUCCAACAACCAGACAAGUAUGUGGGCAGAUGAGAUGCCAAAGACAAUGCUAGAAGAGACCUGUGUCCCAUCACCUUCUCCCCCAACACUGCAAGAGCAGUCUGUCCAAUCAGGAAUCAUGGCCGACUUCACCGCCCACUAUGAUGUGGUACAAGACAUCAUUGGAGAUGUGCAGGUCUAUGGUGGCUAUUUUAUUCAUUACUUUGCCCCCAGAGGCCUCCAGCCAGUAGAGAAGAAUGUGGUGUUUGUUAUUGAUGUGAGUGGCUCCAUGUUUGGAACUAAGUUGCAACAGACUAAAAAGGCCAUGGACAAGAUCCUCAGUGAUCUGCAAACCAGUGACUCCUUCAACAUCAUCACCUUUUCUGACAUAGUUAACAUCUGGAAAGCUGAAGGUUCAAUCCAGGCCACUGUCCAGAAUAUCCAUAAUGCCAAAAACUACGUGAGUCGCAUGGAAGCAAAUGGUUGGACGGACAUCAAUGCAGCUCUGCUGGCAGCUGCUUCAGUGCUGAACCAUAGCAACCGGGAGCCUGGAAAGGGCCGUGGUGUGGGGCAGAUUCCUCUUAUCAUGUUCCUGACAGAUGGGGAGCCCACAGCCGGUGAGACGACUCCCAGUGUGAUCCUGUCAAACGUCCGUCAGGCACUGGCCCACAGGGUAUCUCUUUUCAGCUUGGCCUUUGGAGAUGACGCUGACUUCUCACUGCUACGUCGUUUGUCCCUGGAGAACCAGGGAGAAGCAAGACGCAUAUACGAGGAUGCUGAUGCAGCCCUGCAACUAGAGGGCCUCUAUGCGGAGAUUUCCAGGCCUCUACUAGCAGAUGUGCACCUAGACUACCUGGGUGGCUUGGUUGGGGCCUCCUCUAGGGCCCGUUUCCCUAACUAUUUUUGUGGCUCAGAGCUGGUGGUGGCUGGCAAGGUGCAGCCAGGUGAGCAGGAACUGGGCAUCCACUUGGCAGCCCGUGGCCCAAAUGGUCAUCUUCUUGUGGCCCACCAUAAUGAAGAGGCCACCAACAGCAGCCAGAAAGCCUUUGGUUGCCCAGGGAAACCUGCCCUCAAUGUGGCCCACUUUAUCCGCCGCCUGUGGGCCUAUGUCACUAUUGGUGAGCUGCUAAAGGCACGCUUCCAAGCCAGGGACACCACAACUCGCCGUCUGCUGGCUGCCAAAGCCCUCAACCUAUCUCUUGAAUACAACUUUGUCACAGCUCUGACUUCACUGGUUGUGGUGCACCUCGAGAAGACCAACGAGGAAGCCAUGACCCAGCCAUCCACUACAGCCAAGACAAGCACAGUCACACCCUCAUCCAGCAACAGGCUUGGACUAGGAGCAGGCACAGCUCAACCAGCCUCAGUUCUCAAGGUCUCUUCCAAAUCGAGACCCACAAAACCAACCUUAACUAUUACUUCCCCUACAAUGAAGGUGCCCAGUUCCAAGGAGCUAGGGACACUGGGUCAUUGGUCUAAUAGCCUAACAACUUUAGUACAACCAAAGCCCCAAACUCCAGCCCAAGAUUCUAGUACCUUGGCACUGCCAACUUUGAAGAUGAAACCUCUUGCCCAUGUGCCUUCAAGUUCCAAUGACCCAUUGCCUCAGAAGCCCAGUUCAACACACCAGAAUCCUAGCAUCUCACUGGUUAAUUCUAGGACACAUACUCUGCCUUUGAAUCCUGUGAGCCCUGCCCAGCCCAAAGGUGGCACCAUGAAACAUUUUAAUCCACUUACUCCUUUCAAACUCCCUGCUUCAUCAGAUGCCCACCCUUCACCAGAUGCCCCAUCAUACCUCCAACCUGUAUCUCAGGAACCUAUAUUACAGUCACCCCAAAACGUGCCACAGCCCAAAUCUACCCCCACAUUUCAGAUACCCAAACACCCAUUACACCUCAACUCCACGGAUCUUACUCCCAAGACUCCCCCAAAUUUACCACACCCUAAACCAGGGAAUUUACCCAAGUCUCCUAAAAUCCCUUCAUCUCAUAAACCUAGUGUCUCAUCUCUCCAAACUUCACCUCCCUUACUACUUUCCAAGUCCCGAACACCAACUCCCUAUAGCACCCAAAUCCCAUUACCUGCCAGACCCAGGCUACUAGUUCCUCAGAGCCUCAGCACAUUCUCAACGAUACUCUCUAGUUCCACAAGUUCCAGCAGUACUGUGGCUACCUCUAUUCCUGGGGAACCUCUCCCUUCUCCCUUUACCCCUACUCUGACCUCUCUGCUGCCCACUGCAAGACACUGGCAUCAGCAAGACCCGCUGCUAGGACCCAAGAGCACCAGGCAAGUUCUGGGACCGUCUCUGCCAGGGAUUCCAAUAAUGACCCUACCCAACAGCUCUGCUCCUAUGCCAAGAGGCAGCUCCCCUAACCUCCCAAUCUUGCUGCCUUCCAGCACUCUCCCAGAAGCCAUCAGUCUUCACCUUCUCCCAGAGAAGCUUCAGCUGCUGUCAGAGUCAGUGGAAGAGUCCAAGUUCAUGGAGUCCCUGAACCCACCAGUCUUCUAUACCUUCCUCACUCCUGACAAAGAUGGAAGUCCACACUGGGAUGGUAAUUCUGAGAGGAUCCAGGGAGUUGCUGAACAUCACAUGGACUCUAAGGAAAGUUCUAAGGAGCUGGUAAAAGGCACAUGGCCAGGCAUCUUCACCUUCUCGUCCUCUGUGGAUGGGGACCCCCACUUUGUGAUUCACAUUCCUUACUCAGACGAGAAGAUCUGCUUCACGUUGGAUGGGCGCCCAGGGGACCUCCUAAAGCUCAUAGAGGACCCCAAGGCAGGGCUGCAUGUGAGUGGGCGGUUACUUGGAGCACCAUCAAGACCAGGUCAUAAGGACCAGACCCGGACAUACUUCCAUAUCAUCACAAUCACUUCAGAAAAACCCCGGGCAUAUACCAUUACAAUAAGUCGCAGUUCUAUAUCUGUGCGAGGUGAGGGCACCUUGAACUUACCCUGGGACCAACCUGCCCUGGUGAAGAAACCCCAGCUGGAGCUCCAUGUGGCUUCUGCAACCCGUCUCACCCUCCGCCUUGGGCCCCACCUCAACUUCCUCAUCCUUCGUCACCAGUACAGACACCCCAGCACACUACAGCUACCCCAUUUGGGGUUCUAUGUGGCCAAUGGCUCAGGCCUCAGCUCCUCAGCCCAUGGCCUAAUGGGACAGUUUCAACACACAGACAUCCGGCUGGUAACAGGACCUGCUGGGUCUUAUUUACAGAAGCCCCAUGGCCUGGACGUGCCAGUGGUACUAGGCAAGAGACUGCUGAAAGAGUCGCCAAGGCUACUUCCCCGCUGGACUUCAUGCUGGCUGGUGAAACGCUCCCAUGUGGAACAACUGCUGGGUCAGCCCUACCUUGCCUAUGUUCUGUGAUGGCUCCUGAACCCAGAGAUCCAGAGGCUAUGGCAUGGAGUCAGCCAUGGCACAGGCCUGGGUACAUGAGGGUGCACAUAAGGGAUACGUACGCAUGUGCUAAGGGCAAAUAUACCAGGAUACGAAAAGAUACACAAA